AUGGAAGUUUCGGAGAAACUGAUAAGCAGACAAGCAUCAUUAUCUUUUAGGAUCCAGAUACCACGCUUAAUUGUUAUCAAUGCAAUUGCCAGCCACUGUGUCCCUGUCAUAAUUAGCGAUGAUAUUGAGCUUCCCUAUGAAGAUGUUCUCGACUAUUCUGAAUUCUGCAUAUUCGUCCGUAUAUCGGAUGCUCUCAAAAAGAAUUUCCUCAUAAACCUUAUUAGGAGCAUUGGGAAAGAGGAAUGGACGAGGAAAUGGAAAAGGCUGAAAGAAGUGGAAAACUUUUACGAGUUUCGGUAUCCAUCAAAGGACAAUGAUGCUGUUCAGAUGAUAUGGCAAGCUGUUUCUAGAAAGGUUCCGGCUAUGAAAAGGAAGCUUCAUAGGGCUAGGCGGUUUUCUCGUACUAUUGUUUCUGGACAAGGAGAGGUUAUGUCGGUCGAUAUCCCAAGAAAUUUUUGGUGACCGUUGAUUAGGUCUUGAAACUUUUUGAGAUAUCAAGAUUUGUGUGUUGAAGAUGGUGGAAACCCUGCGUGUAAAUGCAAGUGUUCGGUAGAGAGAAUGAUCAUGACCGAAAAAAUUGAAGAAAUGAAUAGGUAAAAAUGGGAUUCAAUUUUGGUUAUGUUUCAUCACAGUAGAAAUAGUUGAUCAAUUUUGUUCAUUUGUUUCUCUGUUGAGUUGUUCAAUAUUGUUGGCCAAGUGUAGUUUUAUUUGCACGGACCAAUUAUUAGCUGAAGGCACGCAGCCAGCAUUUGAAUUCUGCCUUGCCAAGAACUUGAAUUCAUGGAUGAUCCAUUAGAUGAACAUUGUACAUUGUGUAAGAAUUGCAUCAUCUUUGGUAUUUUUAUCUUUUUCUAAGG